GGCGCUAUUCCCGCUCCUCCUCUUGCUGCUCUGCCUCUUCCUGGUUUCUGGCUCUGAAAGCAGCUCAGAAAUGGCGCAGCCAGGCCUGAAACUGGAGCAGGAAAAGCUCAGCUGCUCCAUCUGCUUGGAUCUCAUGAAGGAUCCUACAACGAUUCCCUGCGGCCACAGCUACUGCCUGAACUGCAUCGGGAGGUACUGGGACGCGGAGGAGAGCCCCAGCUGCCCGCAGUGCAGGCAGAGCUUCAGCCCGAGGCCGGUGCUGGUGAGGAGCUCCGUGCUGGCGGACCUGGUGGAGGAGAGGAGGAGGAGCAGCGGCCCGCCGGCGGCUCCGGACGAGCCAAGCCAGGAUGUGUUGUGUGAUUUCUGCAGUGAGGAGAAGCAGAAAGCAGUGAAGUCGUGCCUGCAGUGUCUGGUGUCGUUCUGUGAGCAGCACCUCCAGCCUCACUUCUCCAUCUCCGCCCUGAAGAAGCACAAGCUGGUGGAGCCGUCCCAGCAGCUGGAGAACAGCGUCUGCCCGCUGCACAGCGAGGUGAUGAAGAUCUUCUGCCGCACCGACCAGAGCUGCAUCUGCUACCUCUGCUUGAUGGAUGAGCAUAAAGGCCACCAGACGCUUUCCGCCGCCGCAGAGAUGAGCAACAAGCAGAAGGAGCUGGCGGCGCAUCGGCAGGACGUCCAGCGGAGGAUCCAGGGCCGACAGCAGGAGGUGGAGAAGCUCCAGCAGGUGGAGAAGGACAUCCAUCAGUCUGCUGACGAGGCGCUGAGGAACGCAGAGAAGAUCUUCACCGCCGUGAAGCAGCAGCUCCGAUCUCAGCAGGAAUCUGAGGUGAACAAAGUGAAGGAGCUGCAGGAGGCGCUGGAGGAGGAGAUCAGGGGUCUGAGGAGGACAGCCGCCAUGUUGGAGGAGCUGCAGCAGACCAGUGACCACAUCUGCUUUCUGCAGAACUACAGCUCCCUGGCCCGACUCGGAGAGGCCUCUGACCCGACCCGCACCGACGUUCAGCCUGAGAGCUUCAGACGAGACGCAGAGGAAACGGUUUCUGAGCUGAGAGACAGACUGGAGGAGCUGCUCACCGAGGAAUGGAGCCCAGUUCCACCUACUGGACCCGACGUGGAGGUUCUGGUUCCACAGGCAGAACCUCAGACCAGAGGGGAGUUCCUGCAGUACGCCUGUCCCCUUACACUAGAUUUAAACACCGCAAAUAUGUGUGUCAGGUGUGACUAUCCACUAAAGGCUUAUUCUUGCAGAAUAAAUGGCAUUCUUGUGGAUCACCCAGAUAAGUUCUCAUACUGGCCUCAGAUUUUGUGUAGUGAAAGUCUGACUGGGCGAUGUUACUGGGAGGUGGAGUGGAAAGCUUCGUCUAACCGCUGGGAUGUUUUUAUAGCAGUUUCAUAUAAAGACAUCAGCAGAAAAGGUGAUGAAAGUGCGUUUGGAAACAAUAAGAAGUCCUGGACUUUGCAGUGUUACAAUAAAAGUUAUGAAUUUAGACACAACUGGAUCAGAACUCCAGUCUCAGGUCCAUUUUCAUCCAGAAUAGGAGUUUACCUGGAUCACAGUGCAGGUGUUCUGUCCUUCUACAGCGUCUCUGACAACAACAUGAGCCUCCUGCACAGAGUCCAGACAACGUUCACCCGACCACUCUGUCCUGGCUUCGGUUUAUAUGACAACGCCUCAGCUCAGAUCUGGGACCAUUGGUCAGAUUGGGAUUUAUUUGAUUAAAAUAAUUCUCCUUUAUGUUCUGCAUCAGUAAAAAUACACAACAUUAGUUACAUUCCUAUUUCUUUUACACAUAAGCAUGUAAAGAAAUAAGAAAUAUACAAGGAAAAACUGAAGAAAAGUUACCAAAUUAAACACAAAAUAUUGAACACAGAAAGACAUCAGUUUAGUACAUGAGUCCACUUAAGUGAUCAAAACUACAGAAAUAUUGUGCUGUAAGUGAAAAAAUAAAAAACAUGGAUAUUCCACCUUGAUAUCAAUAUAUUCUAUUACUAAAUAUUUUGAAAUGUGUUGGAUGGACAGAAAAAAUGUUAAAUCAUUGGAAAAGUUUGUUUAAUUAUUUUAUUUUAUUUUUUUUGUUUUAAAUGGACAAAGUCAUUUUAGUUUAUUUUUCCACAAAUAGGACCUGAAAUGGGAAAAACCAGAGCAGCAGUCAGUAAAAAAAUGAGAUCUGAUAUGAGAUGGAGGUAUGAAAGCAAUAUAAUGAAAAUGUACAUAAUGUAACAAAAUUUGACACAAUAUAAGAUUUACAAUGUAACAUUGAUAAGACAUGAUAAACUGUAGUUUAUUUAAAAAUAUAAAAACAUUAACCUUAUAGACAAAUCUGUAAUUUUUUUCUGUAUUUAUGUGGACAUAAACAUUUUUGGAUUAAAAUUCAAACAUUAAACCUGCUUAUUUCUGCUUUAAGUGAAUGACAUUGUUUACAUUGCACUUUUAAAUGUUUCUAAUUGCAAUAAAUGUGGGUUAAAUCUUAAAUGUUAAU